AUGACUUCCACAAACUUCAACCAAUUCACCGAGCUUCCCAAAGCCUUGCUCUUCGAUGUCUUCGGAACAACAGGUAAGAAAGCACCUUGCCCGAUUCGAUGACCAGGACCGUCUCGUGUUUUGUGUAUAUAGACCUUUGAGUAUAGAUUGAAACCUUAUAUUGCCAGACAUUCUACCCGUCCCAUCUAAUCUCCAUCGGUCCGUUGUGCAAAUUAAAGAAUGGCAAGAACUAACAACCCGCACAGUAAAUUGGAGGAAGACAGUAGUAACAACCCUUAUCCAAAAUGCCUCCAUCCAAAAGGUAGCACCCUCUGUCCCAUCAACAGGCAAGAGCGGACUCCCACAAGCAACCCACGAUCGUCUCCACAAGAUGAGCGACUCAGACUGGGGAACUUUCGCCCAGGAAUGGCGGAACAGCUACAAGAAAUUCACCCGCGAGUUUGUGCCCGGAGAAAGUAAAUGGCAAGACGUAGACACACACCACCAUCACUCUCUCAUCUCACUCCUCAAGAAACGGGAGUUGGAAGGGGUGUACACAGACCAAGAAGUCCAGACUCUGAGUCAAGUCUGGCACUAUCUUGAGCCAUGGGCCGACACUUCAGCCGGUCUGGAGAAACUGGGAAGCAAAAUGGUGACAUCGAGCCUAUCAAAUGGAAAUCCAUCGUUGCUUCAGGAUCUGAAUAAGCAUGGAAAACUGGGUUUUAAGAAAUUGCAAAGUUCGGCGGAUUUCGAAGCCUGCAAGCCGCAUCCAAAGGUCUACCUUGGAGCCGUGAAAGCCUUGGGAUUGCAGCCGAGAGAGGUGGCUAUGGUAGCCGCCCAUCUCAACGACUUGAAAGCCGCGCGAGAUUGCGGAUUGCGAACAAUCUAUGUUGAGAGGAGAGAGGAGGAAGAUUGGAAGACGGAGAGUGAGGAGUACAGAGAUGCAAUGACCUGGGUAGACAUGUGGGUGUCGGAGCAGGAAGAUGGAUUCGUGGAGGUUGCUAAGAGGCUCGGUGUUGAUUGA